AUGACAGGAAGAAACAGGUUGACUGUAUACAGGAAGAAACAGCAGGCAGGAAGAAACAGGUUGACUGUAGACAGGAAGAAACAGCAGGCAGGAAGAAACAGGUUGACUGUCGAUAGGAAGAAACAGGUUGACUGUAGACAGGAAGAAACAGGAAGAAACAGGUUGACUGUGUACAGGAAGAAACAGCAGGCAGGAAGAAACAGGUUGACUGUAGACAGGAAGAAACAGCAGGCAGGAAGAAACAGGUUGACUGUCGACAGGAAGAAACAGGUUGACUGUAGACAGGAAGAAACAGGAAGAAACAGGUUGACUGAUGACAGGAAGAAACAGGUUGACUGUAUACAGGAAGAAACAGCAGGCAGGAAGAAACAGGUUGACUGUAGACAGGAAGAAACAGCAGGCAGGAAGAAACAGGAAGAAACAGCAGGCAGGAAGAAACAGGUUGACUGUAGACAGGAAGAAACAGCAGGCAGGAAGAAACAGGUUGACUGUCGACAGGAAGAAACAGGAAGAAACAGGUUGACUGAUGACAGGAAGAAACAGGUUGACUGUAUACAGGAAGAAACAGCAGGCAGGAAGAAACAGGUUGACUGUAGACAGGAAGAAACAGCAGGCAGGAAGAAACAGGAAGAAACAGCAGGCAGGAAGAAACAGGUUGACUGUAGACAGGAAGAAACAGCAGGCAGGAAGAAACAGGUUGACUGUCGACAGGAAGAAACAGACAGGAAGAAACAGGUUGACUGUAUACAGGAAGAAACAGCAGGCAGGAAGAAACAGGUUGACUGUAGACAGGAAGAAACAGCAGACAGGAAGAAACAGCAGGCAGGAAGAAACAGGUUGACUGUAGACAGGAAGAAACAGCAGGCAGGAAGAAACAGGUUGACUGUCGACAGGAAGAAACAGGAAGAAACAGCAGGCAGGAAGAAACAGGUUGACUGUAGACAGGAAGAAACAGCAGACAGGAAGAAACAGCAGGCAGGAAGAAACAGGUUGACUGUAGACAGGAAGAAACAGCAGACAGGAAGAAACAUGUUGACUGUCGACAGGAAGAAACAGGUUGACUGUAUACAGGAAGAAACAGGAUGA